AGUCAUAAAGAUUGUCAAUGUCAAUAAUCGACGAUAACCUCGAAAUUUCAAAAGUUUAAGUUAUAAAAAAUGCUAAAAUAUUUUUUCUACAAAUUAAAAUGAAUUCUAUUAUAAAAGUUCUAUGCCAAAGAAAUAUCAAAUUAAGUAGUAUUACAAGAAUAAAUCGCCGCUAUGCUACUACCAAGAAGAAAAUGCACGAUCCAAGUGAAGAAGAGCAGUUGCCAAUAUUCCAGUAUCCACUGAGCAAAAGUUCAGACCGGCGCGUAUAUGUGUGGGGACUGGCGGAAACCGGUGCACUCGGUGUACAUUUACCAAGGGGUAAACGAGGCAAGAAAGCUUACAAAAAUGACUUCUCGUUGGCAUGGCACCCUAUGAGAUCCAGUAUUGCAGAAAGAUUUGAUGUGACUCAAGUAGCUUGUGGGUAUGGUUUCACAGUGAUAGCAAUCAAGACAAAUGAGCAGCACAAGGUGUUUGGUACAGGGAUCAACACAGACUCACAGAUAGGAUACCAUGCACCCCGCAUUGGUCACCCAUUAGAGCUGUUACUUAGUCCAGCACCUAUUUAUAUUCCAUACAAAUCAUUGGAGACUAAGAUUGUUGGUUUAAGUGCAGGCCGUGCACAUACAGCAAUAUUGACGGACAAUGAAGGUGUUUAUACAUUAGGUAAUAAUGCAUAUGGACAGUGUGGUAGGAAGAUUAAUCCCAAUGAGGAAUACAGGGGUAGCAUGGCGUCCCAUAAUAUAAGGAGACUGGGAAAAGAAAAUAUCACCGGUAUAUGCUGUGGACAAGACCAUACCCUAUUUAUAACAGAAUCUGGGAAAGUGUAUGCAUGUGGUUGGGGUGCUGAUGGGCAGACAGGUAUUGGCACAUAUGAAAACCAGGGUAUACCUGCACCAGUAAAAGGGGACAUAACAAGUGAAAAGAUCGUGAAAGUCGCGUCCACUGUCGACUGUGUAUUAGCUUUGAAUGAUAAAGGUGAACUAUUUGGUUGGGGGAACUCUGAAUAUGGCCAAGUGCCAAUGAAUACAAAACAGCAACAAGUCAAUAUGUCAUAUGCCCUAGUCAAUUUUACUAAAGGAUUGGGAAAGAUUAUGGACAUAGCAGCUGGGGGAUCCUUUUGUUUGAUAGUUAAUGAAAACGGUGACGUUUUUGUAUGGGGUUUUGGCUUACUAGGUCUAGGACCUAAUGUUCAGCACACAGCCAGCCCAAAACAAAUUCCACCAGCUCUAUUUGGGCGGAAUGAAUUCAACCCUGAAUGUGUUGUUGAAAGUGUCGCAUGUGGGAUUGGUCAUUUAGCUGCGAUAACAAAUACCGGAGAUCUAUACACUUGGGGGAGGAAUAGACAUGGAUGCCUCGGCCUUGGACAUGCAAAAGAUCAACAUUUUCCCCUGAGGGUAUCAAUAGGAGCUCACGUCUUGAAUGUGACAUGCAGUGUUGAUCAUACUAUAGCUAUGUGUAAACCAUUUACUUGAGAUUAUAAUCAGUGCUAUUUGUAUAUA